AUGACUAACAGCUAUAGAAAAAAUGUGACGGAAAUGAGGCCCACUACUGUGGAGAUCGAACGACUACAGAAUCUCGUUUCCACUCUACUGGCUACACUUGACAAGAUUAACGAUAUAGUCUACAAUGAACCUUUCGAGAAGAGUCUAAUGAAGAUCAAAGAAGUCCUCCAUGCUAGCCAGAAGCUGAAAGAUCAAGAAAAGGGCGCUCGGAAGUUGCCAGUAUCCAUCGGAGCAUCGAGUGGAGGCAGUUUCUCCAUUUUUGGCCCUACAUCUGCCUUUUAUAACGUGGUGGAUAUGUCCUCGAGCACGAUGACUGCUGAGCUCUUUGACAAUGCCUUGAUGAACCUGUCGUCUUUGAUGUUGUGUCUCUGCAAUUUCUUCAAGUGGCAGUACCCAGACAUUGCGAUGUUCAUCCAUCGUGAGAGUUUCCUCAAUGAUUUCUUGAAUCCUCUGAGUACGCUGAGUUAUUGUUCCGAAGAACUUGUUUACUCGAUUGCUGCAUUAGGUGCCAAAUGUUCUGAGGAUAACAAUCUACGGCUGCUCUCGCAAUCCUUUUUCGAGACAGCUAAGACCAAGAUCUUCUCAAAAAAGAUAUGUCAACCGCAUGUAAACACACUCCAAGCACUCCUUUGUCUCUCUCUCUAUGAGCUCGGCGAUGGUAAUGCUUCUGCCAGUUGGAUGUUAUCGGGAAUGGCCAUUCGUAUGGGAUAUGACUUGGGAUUCCAAUUGAAUCCAAGCGAUUGGACAAUUGCUUCCACAGAUUCCACUAUCUCGCAACAUGCCAUAAUUGCUAACAUGGACGUCAUGGUGAGGUCAAGGAUCUAUUGGGGCUGCUACAUUUUUGAUCAUUUUGUGUCCUUGGUUAUGGGUCGACCGGUGACUAUUCGAAAGUCGGAGGCAUCAAUUCCAUCCAGUGAACAUCUCCCCAACUCUAAUAAGAUUGAAGAUUAUAUAUUCCGACCAAGCAAAGAUGAGGGAAGUGUGGAGAAUCUCGAUGCUUCAGCGACGUUGCGCCAACUCUGUUUACUUUGUGACUGCGUGGGUUCGUUGCUUUCUGAUAUUUUCUCCAGUGAUGCUGGGGAAGACGGUUUCGCUUACUUAACUGGAGGCAGACUUGAUCGCUACAACAAACUACUAGUGGAUUGGCGUGCGCAUAUCCCGUCCUCGAUGAGGUGGAACAAGAAGACUUUGGCAAAACAAUUGUACAACCCAACCGUAAUGGCCAACCGUCUAUUCUACUAUGUGAUAUUAUUAUGCUUGAACAAGCCCUUUCUCACCAUCAAGGUUGAAGUACAAGGACCAACCCCUCUUGAAAUAUGCAAUAGCGCUAUCUCCGAAUUGCUGAUCAUUCUUUCCAAAUUCAACGACUCUGGCUUCCCACCAUCUUGUCUAGUUGUCUACUCGUCCAUUCUAGGCAUUAGUGUAAUACUUGCAAAGGUGUAUUCGGCAGAGGGGACGCACGAAAUACCAGAGGAGGAUUUGAGAGGCUUGAUGGUGUUCUAUGCGACGCUUUCACGUGCUUGUUCGAGCUGGAAGUUGGCAUCCAAGGCGUUGAUGUUCCUUACCAAGCGUAUCUCAGAGCUCAACGUGCCUUCCAUUUCUCAUGUGUUUGAUACUGCUGAAGAUGCCUACCAGAACAAAUUAUCACAGCGAGAGCUUGACGAGAUCAUGGAGCUCGGGGGAGACUUGACUGCUCAGGAUAAUCUUUUUUCGAACUUUUUUGAGUUUCUUAACGAUGAAGAUUUAAGUCGAGUAUCAUGA